UUUUCCUCCCUCUUUUUGUUUAUUGUUCAAUAAACAGCCAUGCUUCUGAAACUUAGGAGCCCUAUCAAGCCGGAAGAAGGCAGUGAGGAAGGCAAGAACAAGCCAACUUAUGCAAGCUCUAGCAAGUGCUCAUCAUCAGUUGUUGUUGGGUUGAGAAUCCUUACACAAAUUUCACAAGGAAAAUCUAAUAUUAUUGUUAAACCAGCCUUGAAAAUUAGCCUGCCCGCCACUAGAAAGCAUCGUCAUGGCAGUUCGGGCCGGUCACCGCCUGUUGAUCACUCUUGCUUUCUCAAAUCAUGUCAUCUAUGCCACAAGAACUUAAGCCUAGAUAAAGAAGUUUACAUGUACAGGGGUGACCAAGGCUUUUGCAGCGUAGAGUGCAGGGACAGGCAAAUUGUUUUGGACGAAAUGAGGGAAUUUGAACUGUCUACCAAACAAAUGCUAGCAUCUUCCAGGCAUUGUAGCUCCUCCGGCCGACGAGAAACCCGCAUCCUCCUACAGGAUCUACGCUGGAGAAAUAAAUCCCUCAUCAAAACCAAAAGCAUUGGGCAAUAG